AUGGCGCUAGUGCGCCGAAUACUAGGUGACGCUCAGGCGAAACUUCGCAAAAUGGUGGAUGAACAAGUAUCAGUAGGCGCACGGGUGGAAGCAGAUGCGGAGCCGGAACCAGCUGACCCGUUGAUCACCCCAGCAAGUUCCGCUUUAGAAAGAUCGGACUUAGAUCCAAGACCCGUUCCUCCAGAGCGUCGUCUUCUCAUUGGUAAUUUAGAUAAACCACGCAAUGGCUCUUUGAACGGGGAAAAGCAGGGUACAUUAAACAGGACAGCAAGGAUAUCUAUAAGAAAUGGCAAGGACAAUCCAUUCAUAGAUGAUGACAAUAAAGAAAAUCAAACCAAUGGUAAACUCGAGUCACCAGUUAAAUGGCCAACCCAGAAUGGCAGUGACAGUGGUACCUAUGCUGAGAUAGGAAACGGGGAAACUAGUAAUACAAGCGAAAAGAACAUUCUUGAUCCCGCUGACAGUUCAGAAGAAGAAGUUCCGCUACCUGAUGCAACAUCUCCAGGGCGAAGUAGCGAUGGUCCUGAACCCAGGGCAGAUAUUACAGCAAGUCUAGAUGGAGGAUCAGCGUCACCUGGAGGUCGGUCCGAUCGGUCUCGUCAAGAAGAGGUACCAGCGUCUCCUGGAAUGCUAACUGCGACUCAACUAACCCGCAGGUUGAGACUCGAAAAUGAACGUCUGCAGGCUGAGUUAACACGUGUGCGACGACUCCUAGUAGCUGCAGCAGAGCGUGGCGAAGCUGGUACUGCGUUGAUGGAACGUAGCAAAGGAGAAGGAUCAGACGAUGCCCCAACUCUAGAUCCUCAACAAUUAGAAAAAGAGCUGUUACUUGCUAGAGAAGCUGUGAGCUCUUUGAAAGCGGAUAAGAAGAGAUUGAAAGCCGAGAAAUUUGAUUUGUUGAACCAGAUGAAACAACUUUACGCUACGCUUGAAGAUAAAGAAAAAGAGCUCCGGGAUUUUAUAAGGAAUUAUGAACAGAUGCGUUCCAGAGGUGGAGCAUCUUCAGCUCUAGGUGCAGAACGUGCCGAAAGAGAACGGGAACGUGCGGCACUAUUACGACACGCUCGGGAUGAAGCCGAAAGGUCUCUUCAACUUGCCGCUGCCUUAAGUGCUCGCGAUACUCAAUUGCGAAAUGCAAGGGAACAAUUAUAUGAGGCUCGUAGACAGUUACAAGCUGCUGGAUGUUUGUCUGAAGGAGAAAGUGUAGCAUCUCUUGGAAUUGGGCCUCCGAUGAUGUUAGGCGGCCCAUCAGGUUUGCUACUCGAUAGAGGGAGCUGUAGUGCCGACUCCGGAGUAAGAGUGACAGGAAGCAGUGAUGGUGGAGCGACUUCCGUAUGUGGUGGAAAUUUAUCAGACUCAACUGCAGAGGGCAUGCCAGCAUCAAUCGAUCCAUACGACACCGAUGCUACCUCACUUGUAUCGUCUGCUCACCAUUAUCAACUGAGCACACCUCGAGAUUGCAGUCCAACUCUGUCUCCACACAAUAGCGCAUCACCAUUUACUCGUUCCAUUGAUGCUGGUUCACUCUCAAGGUCAGUAGAACAAUUGUCAAGUCCGGGUGAAUGCGAAUCAGCGCUGGUCGGAGGGUUGCGAUCACGAGCAUGCAGUAAAGGAGGACGGGGCCGUGGGUCCGCAUGGGGAUCCAUUUCACGUGUGUUUGCAAGAAGCAGGCACCGCACUAAAUCAGGCAGCGCCGCAGUUAGUGGACAUGAAAGUGAACCGGUGUAUGCUGGUACGGGCGGUACAAACCGUGCGUGGUCACCGCUCGGCAGUGAGGCAGCAUUGCGUGAGGCGGCUUCCCUACCACUGUCAAGAUGGCGUGCGCCAGCCAUUAUAGCAUGGAUGGAAUUAGCACUUGGGAUGCCGCAAUAUGCCGCAACUAUUGCUGAUAAUGUAAAAAGUGGCAAGGUUCUGCUUGAGCUGACAGACACGGAUUUGGAAGUGGGACUUGGGAUCACACAGCCGAUGCAUCGCAAGAAACUGCGUCUGGCUAUUGAGGAGCGCCGCCGUCCUGAUCUCGUUAGAAACCCGAGUAUUGGUCAUCUUACUCACGCCUGGGUAGCUGCAGAAUGGCUACCAGACUUGGGUUUAUCACAGUACGCAGAGUCCUUCUUAGCAAAUCUGGUGGAUGCUCGCAUGUUAGACACAAUCAGCAAAAAGGAACUGGAGAAAUAUUUGGGAGUCACUCGCAAGUUUCACCAAGCUUCAAUAGUCCAUGGCAUUCAUCUGCUCAGAAUAAUGAAAUACGAUAGACAAGCAUUAGCAGUGAGAAGGCAUCAGUGUGAGAAUGUUGACGCAGAUCCAUUAGUUUGGACCAAUCAAAGAUUUAUACGCUGGGCCCACAAUAUCGAUUUAGGAGAAUUUGCCGAUAAUCUUAAAGAUAGCGGCGUGCAUGGUGGCCUAGUUGUUUUAGAGCCUUCUUUUACUGGAGAGACAAUGGCCACAGCACUCGGGAUACCGCCAUCAAAGAGCAUUAUUCGAAGGCAUUUGGUGGCUGAAUUUGACGCUCUUAUCAUCCCAGCGAGAAACAUGUUUGGACAUCAGAUAAGAAUGUUAGGAAGACCAUUUUCAAGAUCUGUUGCAACAGGAUUACCGGGUAUUGAUUUUACUGCAGAUUAUAAGAGACACAGUUUAAGGGGCUCUAUAUCUCGUGCUUUGGGAGUGCUUAAACCGAAACUCGACCGAACAUCACCAUCAAGCUCAAGCGAAAGUUCAAGCGUUCUAAGUCUUACUGGACAAACUUACCAAAUGUCAUAUUCGCCACCAAUUGGUGUAAGGACACUAUCUCAAUUAAGCAUGACAUACGCUCCUCCCCCAACGCUGCAGGAAUAUGAGCCUAUAUAUACUCCACUUAGUUUGUAUUCUCAGUCAAGUGUAUCAACCAGAGAUAGUUUGCAGCGACUGAAUGAUAUUAAAGAAGUCACCAAUAUAACUCACAGAUACGGCCAGAAAGCAGACCAUGCUCAUAGAGUCAGCUCACCACUUCCAGCAAAAUCCAUGGAUGAUACGGCCAUAAAACAGAAAAGACAUAGGCGGGUCAAAAGCAUUGGUGAUAUAAAUGCAUGUAGUAAAUCGUCGGUUUAG